GUGUAGCCUUUGCACUCUCUAGUCUACAGUGGAGCCAUUCUGCUCGCGUCGAGCGACAAGUCGUAACGCUUUCAGGCGUACUCUCCCACACUGAAACUUUCGCUCGCGUUCCCUCGUCGGCGUACUAAAUAACCGCGCUCAAAAUAUUUUAGCACGAAAACUAAACAAGUUAUCGUCAGUUAGUAGUAUGAUAAAAGAUUCGUACACAAGAUUAUCGUUCUUAAAUAGUGUAAUUUCGAAUGUGUGACAAGUUAUUCUUCCAUACAAAAUGGGCCAAUAAAAGUGUACAUUGUCAACUAUACAAACCAAUUCUUCGUGUUUGUUACCUUUGGCAGGAGAGUUUAAACAUACAAUAAACAUAACCGAUUAUUGAGUUUUCCGUUGGAACCAUUCCGUUUUGUGUGAAGUGAUACACGAAAAUAUUAGCUGAAGUUUACCUUAGUAAUUUUCUUUGUGAAGGUUAAAAAACCUGUAAGUGCGCAAUGUCAACUUUGGGUGCUGGAACAACGAUGUUAAUCGCUUUGCAAACAUGCUGUAAGGCCCGAGGCGGCAUCUGCCUGUGUGUCUUGCCUGUUAGCAUAGUGAGCUAAGCAGGUCGCACAGAUCAAGAACAAAAGAAACUAUAUCAAGACUACCUACACUACCUUCAAAAGUACCAUAAAACGCGAUGGAUACAAGUACAACAAAUUCCAGUCAAGACGAUGACGCAGACUGGACAAGAAAUACAUCUGGACUAGAAUACUUAGCGCAGAAUAACAAUAACGAUACAUACGAUACAUUAUACGAUGUGCCGACGAGUAUGAUAGUGCUGUUGUCGUUUCUUUACGGGUCGAUAUCAGUGCUAGCUAUCGUUGGAAACUUCCUCGUCAUGUGGAUAGUGGCCACAUCGAGACGAAUGCAGAGCGUCACAAAUUGCUACAUAGCUAAUUUAGCACUAGCCGACAUAGUCAUAGGAUUAUUCGCCGUACCAUUCCAGUUCCAAGCAGCCCUGUUGCAACGGUGGCUGCUGCCUCACUUCAUGUGCCCUUUCUGCCCCUUCGUGCAAGCGCUGAGUGUUAACGUAAGCGUUUUUACGUUAACGGCCAUUGCUGUCGACAGACAUCGGGCCAUAAUUACUCCACUGAGCGCUCACACUUCGAAGCGUAUUGCUAAAGUGAUCAUAGUGUUAAUAUGGUUCCUGGCACUGUCACUAGCAGCUCCUAUGGCAAUGUCAUGGGAAGUUAUUAUGGAAGACGAAUUAGAUCCAGAAACAAAAUUAUUCUACAAAAAGCCAUUUUGCGCACCCAGCGAGUUUGGGUCGCAUUCCCUGGCCAUCUACAGACUGAUUUUGUACAUAUUUCAGUAUGUGAUACCAUUGUUCGUGAUAACGUUUGCGUACGUCCACAUGGCGAUGAAAUUAUGGGGAGCACGAGCUCCUGGCAACGCGUUAGAGACAAGGGAUGCCAAUCAUAUGAAAAAUAAGAAAAAGGUAAUAAAAAUGCUGGUUUUAGUGGUAGCGCUUUUUGCGCUAUGCUGGCUACCGCUACAGAGCUAUAUGCUGCUGCAGUCUUUUUUUCCUUCUAUUAAUGAAUACAAGUACAUAAAUGUGCUUUUCUUCUGCUUCGACUGGCUCGCGAUGAGCAAUUCCUGCUACAAUCCCUUCAUAUACGCCAUUUAUAACGAAAAAUUCAAGAAGGAAUUCAAACAGCGAUUUACAUUUGGGAAAAAGCCAAAUAGAUUUGCCAAUGACAGUUACGAGGAUGGCCAAUCGUAUAGAACGCGAAUUCUCUCAUUUCGUUCAACGAACGACAGGAGCGUGUACACCGCCAGAAAAUCAAUUAACCUCACUCAAAUGGACAGUAUUAAAAGCUCCACCAGGGAGUCUUGUAAUUGUUUACGGAACCAAAACAACUAUCAAGAUAACGGAUUUCAAUAUCUUAAACCAGGUGAAUACCAUACUUCAAACGAUGGUAGAAGGUUCUCGAGUAAUGAAGGAACGAGUAAAAGAAGAUUGAGUAAGGCCCUUCCUAAUGGGAACGAAAUCCCCAUUGGAGAUGACAGAGUCGGUGAGUUGUAUAUAUUCCCGAACAGCAACAUCGUCGAAUUUACAGACAUAGCGUAUGAAGACAAAGUGUAAACAAAACAUUACCAUUUCAUUAUUAGUUCUUAGGUUACUUUAAGUUUGUAGACAUAAUUAAGCAAAAUAAAUAAUGUUAA